AUGCGUAUCCUUGUCUAUUUAUGCUAUCGAGGAUACAGUAUAAAAGGAACAUUUUCCGCACUGAACAAACCAGUAUCUUCAACAAGUUUUCUUCAAGAUACUCUUGAAAAAGCGAUAUUACGUUUCUGUCCUGCACGACGACCGAAAAUUCUACUUUCAACAUACACAGAAUGUAAUGUGCAUUCAUUAUGUAAUACCGCUACCGUUGAUUUUGAAUUACCGGGAAAACAAAAAUUAGGCACUGAUGAUUUAGAUAUCCCAUGGUUUAAAUUCAAUAUCAAUCGAAUACUGAUUGAAGGUAACCGAACUAUGCGUGUAAUCGAUGCACGUUUUGUGCACGAUGCUUUCGAACCGAAACUCGCAGCAACACAACGAACUUAUUUAUAUCGAUUUCUUACGGAUUCAUCGAUGUCAGUUAUUGAACAACCACUGAGCACUUCUCUAUCAUUGCCCGUUUCCCUACCUUUACUACGUUCGGCUAUUUCACUGAUUCAUGAUCGUUCGAUUGAUUAUUCAUCAUUUACAUUGCCCGAAGCUCGUAAUCUAUUGAAAGACGGUCGUCGUAUCGUUGGAGUGCAUCUGUCCGAACCGGCAACUCUAUUUUCAAAACUAAGACCCAUUCCAUCGAGUGGAUUUUGUCUUCAACUAACCUGUACGAAUUUUCUUUAUCAAAUGGUACGUCGAUUGACCACUGAACUGAUUCAUGUCGCACAAGGACUGUCAACACUUGAAGAAUUCGAAAGAAAAUUACAUUCUCCCAAUCAAAAGCAAGUUCCUCUCAAUGAAGAUCAACUUCUAGAUAUCAACGGUCUUUAUUUGCAAAACGUGAAGUACGAUGAACAAGAUUUUCAACGUUAUGUUACCUAUACAACAUUAACAACAAUGAAAACUAAGUUAUAUCCAUUAGCACCUGUGCUCACAGGUGAAGAAUGA